AUUAAACUGAUCAAGAUGAGGACAUACGUUGUUUGUAUCCUCCUGCUGAACGCCUGCUUUGUGAUUGCUCAAGACAAGGAAAAGUGCAAGAGAAAUCCUUUUUCCAAAUUACUGGGUGUUAAACGCGUACUGUCCUGCAAGUACCGCUGCCAGUGGACUCUGACUCAGUACGAACACGAAGAUGAUGGAACACCCUGUUUUGUAAAGCUCGUGCUCCCCGUCCACGGUGUGUGCUACAACGGAAAAUGCGUGGAACAGCUUCCGCAUACUACGGGCGAAUAUACUAGGGUGACCGGUAGGACAGUGACUACGGAAGAGUGGAGAACGCCUGAACCACGCACCAGAGAAGCUACGACUGAGCAGACAAAAUCAUUCAGAAAGUACAGCACAGAGCUGACCUCUGACUAUGAGGAAGAAACCGCAAGCUCCUUCCGAACCUCAAAGCCAUACUGGGCGACUCACGGGCCAAGUACCACGGAAGAGGUAUCAACAGAGGAAGAGUAUACAGCUGAUGACUUUGCCGUAAGACCAGUGGAGUACAGGUCCGGAAGAAACCAGGAAGGAAAACUAUUACGAGAGGACUGAAGGCACCGACGACGACCGCCCCAGUUCUACUACAGAAACGGAAUAAACCAUAGCAAAACACAUCCGACGACCGAGACGACCGAGUAGAAUAUGUAGAUGUUCGAAGGAGUUCUUGAAACAUACAGCAUAUGUGCAAAAUAUGGCUGAUAAUAAACGGAAUAAAUAUA